AUGCUGAAUUUUUGUGGGAUUAGGAUAUUAUUAGAUUGCCCACUAGACCUUUCUGCACUCCUGGCCUUCUCCCCUAUACCUACUUCUCUGGAUUGCUUGCCAGUUAUAGAAAGCAACAACACUGAGGCUAAUGGUUUUGAUUCAACGGUUGGGUUUGGGAAAAGACAGAAAAUUGAAAAGCUCCUUCAUGCUAAAAGCUUACUUUUUGCUGAACCUUGGUACAAGACUGUUAAUAAUUUGCACCUAUGGAAUGCAUCUUUCAUUGAUGUUGUAUUAAUAUCCAGUUCAAUGGGUAUUAUGGGGUUGCCCUUUCUUACUCGAAUGAAGGGUUUCUCAGCUAAGAUAUAUGUAACUGAAGCAUCAGCAAGAUUAGGCCAGCUAAUGAUGGAGGAUCUUAUAUCAAUGCAUGAAGAAUUUAGGCAUUUCUAUGGACCAGAAGAAUCAAAUUUCCCUUCGUGGCUGAAGCAGGAAGAACUUGAAAUCCUUCCUUCUGAAUUGAGAGAGAUAAUACUGGGAAAAGAUGGACUGGAGUUGGGUGGUUGGAUGCCUUUAUACAGUGCAGCUGAUGUGAAGGAUUGUAUGCUAAAGAUUCACACUCUUAAUUAUGCUGAGGAAGCUUGCUACAAUGGUACAUUGGUUAUAAAGGCAUUCAGCUCUGGUUUAGAAAUAGGCAGUUGUAAUUGGAUCCUAAAUAGUCCAAAGGGAGAUAUUGCUUAUGUUUCAGGAUCCAGCUUCAUUUCUGCAUAUGCAAUGCCUUUUGAUUACCACAGUUUACAGGGGACUUGUGCAUUAAUUUAUUCAGACUUCUUCUCCUUGGCUGAUACUCAAGGUAGUGAGGAUGGGGAUAAAUUUUCUGUUUCAACUGAUGAUACGUUUCAACCUAUGUG